CGGGGGCCUGUGCACGGACCGGAGCUGCGUGGAAAACCGAUUUGACCGCGUUUUCCUUCUCUGCGAUGCACGGACCCUGCAAGGAGAGCUGAUUAGUUGCCAGAUUCACAGAUUUCCCUUUCGCUGUUCCUGACCAACGCCGCGCCGACCCUCGCCGGGCACCAUGGGUACCGUGCUGUCCCUCUCCCCCAGCUACCGCAAGGCCGCCCUGUUCGAGGACGGCCCGGCCACGGUGGGCCACUACACGGCCGUGCAGAACAGCAAGAACUCGAAGGACACCGCCGUCGGCGCCGCCAAGUCCCUCAAGCGUCCCUCCAUCAUCAGCGUGCUGCCAUGGAAACGCAUCGUGGCCGUGUCGGCGAAGAGGAAGGGCUCCAAGAAGCUGCAGUCCGACGCCGGCGACGGCGGGAAAGGAUGCUCUCCAGACGAGGACGCCGUGGUGGCCUCUGAGUCCAACAGUUUGAAGCUGAAGAAGUCCCAGUCCUGCGCCAACCUCUCCUCUUACGCUUCCGGCCAGGAUCCCUCGGCCAUCACCACGACUACCUCUUCCCACCUGCCCACCUCCAAGACCCUCAUCAAUGUAGCUACAGUAGCUGCCAAAAAGAAUUCCCUAACAGGCUGCGGGAUCCAGACUUCGACUGCGGUCGGCACACCAAAGCGUGUCAUUGUCCAGGCCUCUACCAGCGAACUGAUGCGCAGCCUGGGCGAAUUCCUGUGCCGCCGCUGCUACCGACUGAAGCGUCUCUCUCCCACCGACCCGGUCCUGUGGCUGCGCAGCGUGGACCGUUCCCUCCUCCUUCAGGGCUGGCAGGACCAGGGCUUCAUCACCCCCGCCAACGUGGUCUUCCUCUACAUGCUGUGCCGCGACGUGGUCUCCUCCGAGGUAGCCUCGGAGCGCGAGCUGCAGGCGUCGCUGCUCACAUGCCUCUACCUGUCCUAUUCCUACAUGGGCAACGAGAUCUCCUACCCGCUCAAGCCCUUCUUGGUCGAGGCCGAGAAGGAGGCCUUCUGGGACCGCUGCCUGGAGAUCAUCAACCGCAUGAGCGGCAAGAUGCUCCAGAUCAACACCGACCCGCACUUCUUCACCCAGGUGUUUGCCGACCUGAAGAAUGAGAGCAAGAAAGAAGAGGAGAAGACCAAACUCUUUAUAGGCCUUGAUCGGUAAAACCAAGUGGGAGUUAGAAGAACGGAUCGAGGGUGUUAAUAUGUCCGGACUACUUUGAAACAGUGGUGUUGUCUGGCGUCUCUAAUGUUUUAUGCUUCUGACACAAUGGCAGCACUUAUUAUUAUUGACAAAAAAAGAUCAAACAUUAUCUGCUAAGUGGAUUUAAUUAGUCUGUGAAGACUACAGGUAAGAUCGUACACCGACUCAGUCAGGGGUGUCCAGAUUGUUCCAUCAACUGAUACGUUUUGUACAUAAAAGUUGCUAAAACUAACCUGAACAAGGGACUCAUGAGUGUAAUACCUAGAUUGUCAGUCAUCCAGGGUCAAGGUAGUCCGCAAAAGUUGAAUCUGGAGAAAAUCGCGCCAUCUACUUUCGUCCACCUUGAAUCGAACGACUCGUUUCUCCAACAACACCCCGAUUGUGACCACACUUGCCUUGGACAUAAACACCGGUACCUCGACUUAAGUGUGUUUCUGAGAUAAGAGCCGUCUCUCGGCUACUUGCUAUGCUUUAAAUUGCAAGUUAAAACUUGAGUUACAAGCCUCCCCGCCAACCCAGCAGGCACAAGACAUUGAUACGACGUCGAUUAUACGUACAUGUCCUUUCAAACGGACUUUGAAACAACGUUGCAAAAUAGUCGCAUCCGUAAAUUGAGACGACGUUGAUGUCCAACGUUGGAUCCACGUUGUUGGUUGGGGAAUGACCAAAAUCCGAUGGUCCAAUUAACAUCACAACCUGACGUUGAAUAAACGUCCCCAAAAAGCCUUUUGUUUCAACGUUGUAUUUGUGUUGUAGAAUUUUGGUUGGUAAAACGACCAAAAUUCAACGGUCAAAUCAACGCCAGAACCCAACAUUGAUUAAACGUCAUCAAAAAGCAUGUUGUUUCAACGUUGUAUUCGUGUUGUAGAAUUUUGGUUGGUAAAAUUACCAAAAUUCAACGGUCAAAUCAACGUCAGAACCCAACAUUGAUUAAACGUUGUAUUUGUGUUGUAGAAUUUUGGUUGGUAAAAUGACCGAAAUUCAACGGUCAAAUCAACGUCAAAACACAACAUUGAUGAAACGUUGCCAAAAAGCAUGUUGUUUCAACGUUGUAUUUGUGUUGUAGAAUUUUGGUUGGCAAAACGGCCAAACUUCAACGGUCACAUAAACGUCAGAACCCAACAUUGAUUAAACGUCAUCAAAAAGCAUGUUGUUUCAACGUUGUAUUCGUGUUGUAGAAUUUUGGUUGGUAAAAUUACCAAAAUUCAACGGUCAAAUCUACGUCAAAACCCAACAUUGAUUAAACGUUGUAUUUAUGUUGUGGAACUUUGGUUGGUAAAAUGACCGAAAUUCAACGGUCAAUCAACGUCAGAGUCCAACAUUGAUUAAACGUUGUCAAAAAGCAUGUUGUUUCAACGUUGCAUUUGUGUUGUAGAAUUUUGGUUGGUAAAAUGACCAAAAUUCGACGGUCACAUCAACGUCAAAACCCAAUUUUGAUUAAACGUUGUAUUCGUGUUGUAGAAUUUUGGUUGGUAAAAUGACCAAAAUUCAACGGUCACAUCAACGUCAAAACCCAACAUUGACUAAACGUUGACAAAAAGCCUGUUGUUUCAACGUUGCAUUUGUGUUGUAGAAUUUUGGUUGGUAAAAUGACCAAAAUUUAACAGUCACAUCAACGUCAAAACCCAACAUAGAUUAAACGUUGUAUUUGUGUUGUAGAAUUUUAACUGGUAAAAUGGCCGAAAUUCAACGGUCAAAUCAACGUCAAAACCCAACAUUGAUUAAACGUUGUAUUUGUGUUGUAGAACUUGGUUGGUAAAAUGACUUAUUACCAUGAAUUGAUUACGUGGACCCCGACUUAAACAAGUUAAAAAACGUAUUCGGGCGUUACCAUUUAGUGGUCAAUUGUACGGAAUAUGUACUGAACUGUGCAAUCUACUAAUAAAAGUUUCAAUCAAUCAAUCAAUGACCAAAAUUCAACGGUCAAAUCAACGGCAGAACCCAACAUUGAUUAAACGUCAUCAAAAAGCAUGUUGUUUCAACGUUGUAUUCGUGUUGUAGAAUUUUGGUUGGCAAAACGACCAAACUUCAACGGUCACAUCAACGUCAGAACCCAACAUUGAUUAAACGUCGCCAACAAGCAUGUUGUUUCAACGUUACGUUUGAGUUGCUCAACAACAGGACCUAAUUCAACAAGUUCUCGACGUUGUUUCAAUGUCUUGUUCCUGCUGGGAUUAGUUGGCAUGGCGAACGCCACAGUGAAGACUGUAAGAUCCGGACCAAAACGUCUGGUCUUACUCGCUCGCAUUAGCUUAUAGCUAGAUAUGGACAUAACUUCAAUUCCAGCCAUUGGAACAAAGAAAGUGAGAGAAGAAGAAGUGGAUGAAAUACAUUUGGUCGAACAAAUAAAUCAUCGAAAACAAUUAGUGGACAUUUAUCCAUGAAAAUAUGAAGAAGCUGCAUGGAGAUACAAGUAAAAGGUCAAUUCUGUAGAUUAUUCUUACAUUUCUUCAUACAACUAUUGUAGUUGUUCGUAGUACAUUCUAUUAUUCUAGUAUAGUUUUUCCGAUUCGAUUGAUUUCAAUUCACUCCAAUGAGGUACAAGCGUUUUGAGUUAAGAGCAAUUCAGCUUGUAAGUUGAGGCACUACUA